AUGGAUAUAAUUGGGAGUGUCCACAGUUUUACGGUAAAUGGGGCCAAUUCCGUCCACACAAACUUAUGGACAGGCUACAACAAACUGGUCAGGCCAUCAGAUGUCGUAACAGUGGAAGUGGAGUUUAUAUUACUCAGCAUCAAUGACUUGAAUCUAAAACAACAGAAAUUUUCAACAGCUGGAUUUUUCACAAUGUUCUGGACCGACAGCAGACUAACGUGGACACCUUCUGCUAAUGAAAAUGUCUCCUUCGUCUACGCCAACGAAAACAUUAUCUGGAAACCGGAACUAGUGGUAGAUAACUCGAUAAGCCAGAUAUCGAUAAUAUCAGACGAAAACUUAUUGUACCGUGUAGACAGUAACGGCCACGUAAAGUGGGAACCUCCUGGGAUAUACGACACGCACUGUGAGGUCGACAUCACGUGGUUCCCAUUUGAUCGACAGACUUGCUACGUAGAGUUGACAAGCUGGGGCUAUACAAUAGACGUGGUGAAUCUGUCGCACCACAAGACCAAUAUCAAUUUGGAGGAUUAUAAACAAAAUGGCGAAUGGAUCAUCGAAGGAACUGCAAUCGCCUGGAAUGAACUGACAGCUGACGGGAGCAGAUAUUCUCAACUAGAGUUCAUUGUCCACUUAGCUAGAAGGCCGACGUAUUACUUUAUGAAUAUGAUAUUCCCGGUAGUCUUGAUCUCGUUCCUGACAACGCUUGUAUUCAUACUUCCGGUGGAAUCAGGGGAGAGAAUUUCGUUCAGCAUUACCGUCUUGUUAUCUUUGGCGCUGCUGUUGACACUUAUUUCUGAUAUUAUGCCAACAACAUCAAUACACACAUCAAUUCUGUCAAUUUACAUCAUGUGUAUCCUGACCUUCUCAACACUCUCCGUCUUCCUGACGUCCCUGAACUUACGCCUGUAUCACAAAGAAGACCAGUUGGACGUUCCAAAGUGGCUGAAGAAUUUUACAAAGAAGGUCCUCUUAAGAUGCAGUUGUAAGCAGAAAUAUCAGGACAACCGGACGGACUCUCGGCGAGACAUUAUCGAAAAUGAAGACGUGAAUACAGGACACAAAACCGUGACUGCUGCUUGGGAAGACCUCGACAAAAACACGAAGGAAGAGGAAGAAGAUGUUAAUCUGUCCUGUAAAGAAAUCAGUUUCCUGUUCGAUAGGUUUUGGUUCGUUCUUUUCCUCGCCAUGACCAUAGUGUUCACCUUCUUCUUUUUACUUGUUCUUGGCGUGGGUUCCCAUUUAUAA